AUGGGAGGAGCUGGGUAUCGAGCCGGAAAGGGGGAGGUCGGUGGGUGUGAGGCCCCCCCCGGUUCCCCGAGACGCAUGUCCGACUUUGAGGAUUUCGAGGAUCUCAAGGAGAAGGGGGUGGGCACGGCGGCGCAUUGGAUCAAGCAGGGCCGUGAUGCCCGGGCCCUGGGCUCCGGUCGACCACGGGACUUUGCCACGCGUUGA